GUGGAAAGAAACCAAAGAACUCGGCGCUCUUGGCUGGAGUAAGUCCUCACAACAGAGUAGCAUAUAACAGCCUAACUUCACUAACUAAUACAUUUACGAAAAAGACCCUAAUCAAAAAGAUGGUUAAACUGUUGCUUGUCACAGCUUCUCUUUGGCUAGUACUGGCCAUCAGCCAAUAUCAUUGCGACUCUUCGGUUGCUCUAGGCAAUAUUCGCAAUGACGAAAGGAACCUUUUAAAUCCUAACGAUUUAAAAGAAGAAACUAGAAGAGUUUUGAACGAUGAACGCCGCAUGGAACAAGAUCGUCGGCGUACAUCAGAAACUCACCGUCGAGAAGUCGAUGAGCGUUCAACACCUGACGAUCGUCGUAUGGAGAGAAGUAGAACGGAAGAUAGACGCCAACCAGCGGACGUGACACGCUCGGCUGUCCGAAGCCAAACGGAGCGUCGUGUCGAUCAACAUCGUGAAGAAGAACGUAGGGUGGCCGACCGUCGAGAUCAGCUCCGCGAAGACAGGCAAUCUAGCGAAAGGAGAAUGGACGAACGUCGAGGUGUCGUCGAAAACCGAAGAGAUGAAAACAGGAAUGAUGAGCGCCGAAGCGCUGAACGCCGGAAUGAAGUGGAAAGAUCGGUCGUUCGUCAACAGAACGAACGCCAAGAAGAAAGACGUGAAAUGCAACGUCGAUCUGAUCGAAGCCAAGAUGAACGUGAAACGCAACGUCGGUCUGACCAACGCCAAGAUGAACGUGAAACACAACGUCGAUCUGAUCGACGCCAAGAUGAACGUGAAACGCAACGUCGAUCUGACCGACGCCAAGACGAACGUGUUCAACAACGCCGAACAGGUGAAGAACGUGAGCGUCGAUCGGUUGAGGAAAGAAGAGAAGAAAAUCGCCAAGACAACGGACAGAUUCGAGUUGACGAACGCAGAAAUGAAGUAGAAAGAACAACUGAACGUCGCCAGCAUCGAUCUAACGAGAAUCGACGAGAAGAAAGACGUCAAAACGAAAACGAUGAUGAACGAGUCGAACAACGUCGAAGCGAAGAGCGCAGGACAAUGAAUCUUGAUGUUCGUAGCGAACGUCGAGCUAUCCAGGAUAGUGCCCAAGAAAACAAUGAACGCCGUGUUGUUGUCGAGCGUAGGGACCAAUCUGUCGAACGGGAUAUUGCAGGGCGCCGCAAUGACGAACGCCGCGACGAACGAUCUCGUGAAGAUGUUGAACGUCGAGUUGAUCAACGUCGCGAUGAUCGUCUUGCAACUGUAUCGGAAACAAGUCGUCUCGGGGCCAGAGAUCUUUCUGAGAAGAGAAUGACUCGUCGCGAUAUUCGUAUAAUUAACAAGGAAGAUGACUCACUGAUGCUGGAGCCGACAUUUACCACGGUUUUCGACAUGGUGAAAGAUAAGGUAUCCAACAGCGAUUGGGUAUCUUCCGUCUCUCUCGGACUUGUCACCAUCGCUGCUUUGGCCAUUCAACAACAACGCACAAUUAAAAUCGCUUGAAAAUUUCCUUUCCAUGUAUGUUUAAUCUACACGCAGAUCUAAAUCCUUUUAACCAGUGGUUCGUUAUGUAACUUCUAUAACCCUUCUCUUGCUUUAAAUGUGAAAUAUACUCAUUAUAAGCA